GCGCGCCCCGCCAGGAUGUUCGCCGCCGGGCUGGCCCCCUUCUACGCCUCCAACUUCAGCCUCUGGUCGGCCGCGUACUGCUCGUCGGCCGGCCCGGGCGGCUGCUCCUUUCCCCUGGACCCCGCUGCCGUCAAGAAGCCGUCCUUCUGCAUCGCAGACAUCCUGCACGCCGGCGUUGGGGAGCCGGGGGCGGCCCCAGAGGGCCUGGCGGGGGCCUCGGCCGCCGCCCUCACCGCGCACUUGGGCUCGGUUCACCCGCACGCCUCCUUCCAAGCCGCCGCCAGGUCCCCGCUUCGACCCACCCCAGUGGUGGCGCCCUCCGAAGUCCCAGCUGGCUUCCCGCAGCGGCUGUCUCCGCUCUCGGCCGCCUACCACCACCAUCACCCACAGCAGCAACAACAGCAGCAACAGCCGCAGCAGCAACAGCCUCCUCCUCCACCCCGGGCCGGCGCCCUGCAGCCCCAGGCCGCGGGGGCGCGGGUGGUCCCGAACCCCCACCAUAGCGGCUCGGCCCCGGCCCCCUCCAGCAAGGACCUCAAAUUUGGAAUUGACCGCAUUUUGUCCGCAGAAUUUGACCCAAAAGUCAAGGAAGGCAACACGCUAAGAGAUCUCACCUCCCUGCUAACCGGCGGGCGGCCCGCGGGGAUGCACCUCCCGGGCCUACAGCCCUCCGCCGGCCAGUUCUUCGCGUCUCUAGAUCCCAUUAACGAGGCUUCUGCCAUCCUGAGUCCCUUAAGCUCGAACACGAGAAAUUCAGUUCAGCAUCAGUUUCAAGACACGUUUCCAGGCCCCUACGCGGUACUCACGAAGGACACCAUGCCGCAGACCUACAAGAGAAAGCGCUCGUGGUCGCGCGCCGUCUUCUCCAACCUGCAGAGGAAAGGCCUGGAAAAAAGGUUUGAGAUCCAGAAGUACGUGACCAAGCCGGACCGAAAGCAGCUGGCGGCGAUGCUGGGCCUCACUGACGCGCAGGUGAAGGUGUGGUUCCAGAACCGGCGGAUGAAGUGGCGGCACUCCAAGGAGGCCCAGGCCCAGAAAGACAAGGACAAGGAGGCAGCCGAGAAGCCAUCGGGCGGAACACCGGCUUUCGACGGCGAGCAGGACGAGCGGAGCCCCAGCCGCUCGGAAGGCGAGGCCGAGAGCGAGAGCAGCGACUCCGAGUCCCUGGACAUGGCCCCCAGCGACACGGAGCGGACUGAGGGCGCUGAGCGGGCCCUGCAUCAGACGACCGUUAUCAAGGCCUCGGCCGCGGGCGCCCCGGUCACCGCCGGCAGCGUUGGGAGCGGCGGCAGCAGCGCCAGCUUCAGCUUCAGCGGCGCCAGCGGCCUCAGUAGCAGCAGCAGCAGCAGCGCGGGCAGCGCCAGCAGCGUCGGCAGCAGCGGCGGCGGCGGCCCCUCGGAGCUGCCCUCCGCGCCCCAGCCCAGCCUCAGCAACGCUCCGCAAAGCCCCGAGCCUGCCCCGGCGCCGCCUGGCGGCCUAUAG